UGAAUAUAAAGUUCGCUUCGAAGUGUGUAAUAUAUCCUUCAAAUCAUUCACAACGAUCAAAGUGAAGUGAAUAGCGCGAGCUGAAUAAUAUGUUUUUUCGAAUAAGAGAACGCUUUUUUAUUUAACUGCAUCGUAAUUACAGCAUAACAUUAUUAAAAAGUAACUGAUAACCGGAAGCACGAACCGAUAACAAUGCACAAUUAAACGGACCGUCGUUUUUCCAUAAAUUUGAGGCCGUCGAUGAGGUAAAAACUGAACAUUCUAUUUCGUCGCAUCAUAUAAAUGAGUAAAGGAAGCCGAGUCUCGAGAUCCGGACCGUAAACAUGGCGUCACUGCAGCCUGCCGCCCUUAGCGGCCAUUUUCUUAAUCCGUGGAAGCUUUUCGUAUUGCUCGUGAUAGUUUCAACCAGUUUAAAAUUAACGCACUGUCAGGGCAAUUCAUAUUCAUCAUCGUGGUCGUCAGCGUCAGCAUCAGCGUCAGCGUCAUCAGCGUCAGCGUCAUCAUCGUCAUCGUCAUCGUCAUGGGCAUGGCCAUCGUCGUCGUCGUCGUCGUCGUUCAACGAGUCGUCCCUACUGUCAACACCAGAAGAAUGCAAACGGGAGUGUGUUCUAGGCGAAGAGCCCAAAAUUUGUUACUACAAGUUCUUCAUUGAGUUCUACACAGUACUAGGACCUGCUUGCGAUAAAAAGGAACAAUGGAAAGAAUGCAUAUGGGCCGAUGGGGUUGAAAAGACGAUGACGUCGAUCAACCGGCAAUUUCCAGGACCAGCUAUCGAGGUGUGUCAGAACGAUCAGAUCGUAGUAGAUAUAACGAAUGCUGCAUCGGGCACCGAAGUGACCAUGCACUGGCACGGACUAUUCCAAAAUGGCUACCAAUAUUACGAUGGCGUUCCAUACGUCACACAGUGCCCGAUACCCUCAUCGUCGACUUUCAGGUACGAUUUCAACGCGGGAAAUGCGGGCACGCACUUUUAUCAUUCGCAUGUGAUGAUGUACAUGAUGGACGGGCAAGAGGGGCCACUGAUUAUAAGAGAUCCCGACGAUCCACACGCAGAUUUGUACGACGUCGACGAUACCGUUAUAUUCUUAUCCGACUGGAUGCACCAUUUAUCCUUGGAACGUUUCCCGGGUUUCUACAGGAAGGAUCUCGGGCAAGCUGCUCAGAACAUUCUUAUAAACGGAAGAGGAAAUUGGACGGAUCCAGAAACCAAAAAGACUACCAAUGCAAAAUUGACAGUGUUCCCGGUGAAGCCAAAGCUAAGAUACAGAAUUCGAAUAAUUAACUCGUUCAGCACUGUCUGUCCGUCCGAACUGAUCAUCCACGAACACAGGAGUACCCUCAUCGCUCAAGACGGCGCGAACGUGAAGCCUAAAGUAGUGGACAGUCUUGUCCUCUCGACAGGUGAACGCGCGGACGUGAUAAUAGAGACUAAUCAAAAGGUGGAUUCAUAUUGGAUACAAGUGCGCGGUCUCAACGAAUGUGCCGACAAAAAAGUUCAACAAUUCGCCAUUUUGCAAUACGAAGGUGCUCCGGCGACCCCGUCGACGCCACAACCGAGCUACGAUUAUGUUGUUUCCGGUGUUGUAUACAACUCGCUGGAUGCAAGUAAAUGCAACACAAAGGACACAAAGACAGUGGUUUGUGCGAAUCAAUUAGAAAGCGUGAAGGAAGUUGACCCGGACCUCCUGAAAGUCGUUCCAGAUGUACGGCACGUGAUGAACUUCUGGUUCUUCAAUUACACUCAAUACGGCAACAGACUGCUCUUCAACUCGGGCCCUACAUACCGAGCUUUCUUUGAUGUGAACGAUAGGUCUCAGUUAAUUUCAACGUUCAACAACAUCACGUACGAGACUCCGGCCUCGCCGUUGCUGACGGACAGCCGGAGUUACGAAACAAUUUGCAGGCAGAAUGCACCUAAUACUUGCACCCAGCCUUGCACUUGUACUCAAGUACUCCGCGUAAACCGCGGUGCUGUAGCUGAAAUUUUAAUAUACGACUCCAAUCCAUUGGACGGCUUAGACCAUCCGUUCCAUUUACAUGGUUACGAGUUCAGCGUGUUGUCCAUUCAAAGCAUUGUUACGGGCACUACUAACAUCACCGCGAUGGAUGUCAAUACAAUAUUGAGUGAACACACGAAACGUCUUCAACGGGGAGAAUACAAGAAUCCGCCUGGCAAAGACACUGUUAAAAUCCCUAGGGGUGGAUAUGCAAUUAUACGCUUCAGAGCUAAUAAUCCAGGAUAUUGGUUAAUUCAUUGUCAUUUCUCGUGGCAUCAUGCCACUGGUAUGGAAUUAGUUAUUCAAGUAGGAGACCACAGUGAUUUACCCCCGAUACCGCCAGAGUUCCCUACGUGCAGUAACUGGAAACCGCCGUUGCAAACUUUGCAGGACUUUUACGGCUUCAGUUUUCCGAACAACUGAUGCCUGCACAUUCUUUGUCCAGAAUAAUCAAUUUUCGAAUACUAAGUCUGGUGGUUUGUUAUUUCCACAAGUUGGAAAAUCUAAAGGAACAAUUGAGAAACUCUCGUCGCUUCCCACUUUUAAUACAAAUUGCAUACCAGGUCCAAAUGUUUGAGGGGAAAUCGCUGUGCUACGUGAUUCCCAUAACCAGUACCCUG